AUGAAGACCUCCGCUGUCGUCACCUCCGUUCUCGCCGCGGCCGGCUCCGCCACCGCCGCCGCCUCUCCCUUCCGCCUGCUGGCUCUCUCCAAGGGCGCCUCGUUCGACGGCGAAUUCGUCCGCGGCACCGAAGGCCAGUUCCUGCUCGGCGCGAAGCAGACCAACACCACCUGCGGCACCAACACCGCCCCCACCUUCACGAACAUCAACGGCACCAUCACGACUUACGGAAACGGCAUGGUCGCCGACCAAAUGGUCUACGUCGACAUCUCCGGCGCGGCGGGCGGCAUCCUCUCGUACAAGAACUACCCGUACAAGCUCACUGCCGACGACUCCAUCGUCGGCUUCACCCAGACCACCACCGGCGACGUCCAGCAUCUGCUGUACAAGAAGUCGACCUGGCUGGCGUGCGAGAAGGACUCGGAGAAGGGCGUCUACAGCGUGUACGCCGAGGCCGCCAAGGACACGAACAAGCAGCAGUGCAUCCCGUUCGAGAUUGCCACCCAGAAGGUCGAGAAGCCCCAGAUCUGCCAGAUGACCUAA